CCCGGACCGGGGCACGAACCCGCGUCCCCUGCGUCGGCAGGCGGACUCCCAACCACUGCGCCACCAGGGAAGCCCCAGGUGGAUAUUUUUAAGGUCCUCGUUAGUGUGCUCCUCUGACCUGACUUAACGUUCCACCCCUGGACCAGACCUUUGGAGCUGGUUCCUACCCCUUAACCUAGUUGGGACCCUACAGAGAGAUGCUUGAAUCACCAUCAGGGAAGGGCCCUCGGAAGAAAGAAGGAUGGGAAUGCCACUGAGAGAUGCCCAAGCUCGCGAGGAGCCGCCUAGGCAAACCAUAGAUGGCAAGAACAGGCUGAUGUUAAUCCUGGGCAAGAUGUGAGCUCAGAGGAAUGAACUGCUGCGCAAGGAGAAGAAAAGAGUGACCAUGGAGAAGAGGAUGUGAGGAAGGGAGCGCCAGGCCGUCAGAGGCAGGAGUAGAAAUAACCUGUCACCCGAAGGCGCCGGCUGCACGGUCUCAUUAACCCUUAACUUAACCCUGGGACUGGAUCUGGUUGAGAUGCAUGCUUCACAGAGAUGCUGCUGGGAGUUGGUGACAGGAGAGACCGGAACAGCUGCUGAUUGAGGAGGUGCUCGGUGGGCACAGCCCACCUUCUCCUACCCGCAGUUCCAGGAUCCGGGAAGCUCUGAAAAUCAGAAGUUGUUUCUCUUUUCUGCGGAGGCCAGGCUGGCGGCAAAGCGCGCGGCGCGAGCAGAGGCCCGAGAGAUCAGGAUGAAGGAGCUGGAGCGGCAGCAGAAAGAGAUCUAUCAGGUUCAAAAGAAAUAUUAUGGGCUGGAUACAAAGUGGGGCGACAUCGAGCAAUGGAUGGAAGACAGUGAGCGCUACUCCCGUAGAUCCAGAAGAAACACGUCGGCGUCUGAUGAAGAUGAGCGCAUGUCAGCGGGUAGCCGUGGAAGCCUGAGGUCGCAGCCUGACUUGGAGUACGGGGGUCCCUACGCUUGGACAAAUGGUUAUGAUGGAGAAUUAUAUGGAUCGCGGUCCCUGAAUAGAAGAUCUGGCAGGAAUUCCAGCUACAGCGGUGACAGCAGAUUCUCUACUCUGUCAUCAUCCAGAGAGGACACCUUGGGACUUUCCUGCUCCGACUUCGACUUCGGGCUUCUCAGUCGUGGCCUUGCUCCCAAACCCCUGUCUGUCCAGAAUGGAAACCGGCCCUCCUAUAUGUACGGCGCUGCCCGGCCGGCUGGGAGUUACCGGGCGUCUGUGUCGGAUGAGAGCAGUCUCGGUGGGGCUCGGCGGAGCAGUGCCUGCGGUUCCCACACUCUGGGUGGGCAGCCCUCGGAGCACAGCGGCCACUUCAAGUCCAGCUCCCGCAGCUCCUCGAGAGGCAGCUCGGCGCGGGCCAGCCCAGUGGUUGAAGAGAGACCAGAAAAAGACUUCACGGAGAAGGGGUCUCGUGGCCUGCCCGGCCUGUCUGCAGCCACACUGGCCUCCCUGGGUGGGACUUCCUCUCGAAGGGGCAGCGGGGACACCUCCACCUCCAUUGACACUGAGGCCUCCAUUAGGGAAAUCAAGGAACUCAAUGAGUUAAAGGACCAGAUUCAGGAUGUAGAAGGCAAAUACAUGCAGGGAUUGAAAGAGAUGAAGGACUCACUAGCAGAAGUUGAAGAAAAAUAUAAGAAGGCCAUGGUUUCCAAUGCUCAGCUAGACAAUGAGAAGACAAACUUUAUGUACCAGGUCGAUACGCUAAAGGACAUGAUGCUGGAGCUUGAAGAGCAGCUGGCUGAGUCCAGGCGGCAGUAUGAGGAGAAAAGCAAAGAAUUUGAAAGGGAAAAGCAUGCCCACAGUGUCCUCCAGUUUCAGUUUGCUGAGGUGAAAGAGGCCCUGAAGCAAAGAGAAGAAAUGCUUGAGGAAAUCCGACAGCUACAGCAGAAACAGGCGAGUUAUAUCAGGGAGAUUUCUGAUCUUCAGGAAACAAUAGAAUGGAAAGACAAAAAGAUAGGGGCAUUAGAGAGGCAGAAAGAGUUCUUUGAUUCCGUAAGGAGUGAACGAGACGAUCUUAGAGAAGAAGUAGUCGUGCUGAAAGAGGAAUUAAAGAAACAUGGAAUAAUCCUAAAUUCAGAAAUAGCUACCAAUGGAGAGACUUCAGACCCGCUAAAUAAUGUUGGCUACCAAGGUUCUACAAAGAUGACACAGGAAGAGUUAAACGCCCUCAAGGCAACAGGGGAUGGGACGCUAGGAAGAGCCAAUGAAGUGGAGGUGAAAAAUGAAAUGGUGGAGGAUGAGGGGAAAAGCGAAAUCUUGCAGAACUCUGAGCAAAGACAGCACAAAGACGACCCAGGAAAGGGCUGUGUGGACACAGAGGUGCUACAUCCCGGUGACAGUGCCGAGGGCCAGGAAACCUCUGAAGACACCGCCCCCUCCCCAGGAAAGGGCUGUGUGGACACAGAGGUGCUACAUCCCGGUGACAAUGCCGAGGGCCAGGAAACCUCUGAAGGCACCGCCCCCUCCCCAGGAACGUUAGUAAAUUCCGAGAACGAGGUUCAAAGCCAAAUUCUGGAGAACACUUCCUUCUUUGAAAACACACAGCAGGUUGAGUCAAGUGAGGUCGUAAACAGUGAACUAGAUGGUGAAAUCCCAGGUCCUAGGAUUGGGCAGGGCAGCAGUAAUGCCUUGGAUAUCAAAAACCAAAGUAAAGAAUCUGCAGAAGAGUGGGAAAAAGAAAAACGGGAAGAUUUUGAAACCAGCUUGGAAGGGAUGAGCAUAGAACCACGUCAGGAAUCCGCUCCUUUGCAAACAUCUGAAGUUGGAAGGGAGAGCAGUGCAGACACUGGGAAGCGGAGUGGGAACCCCACAGAGGCUGGGCCACAGGCAGGGCUCACUGGGUUGGGGGAGCAGCCGGGCACAGUAGCCUCGAGUCCUCCAAGGGGCAUCGAUGACACAGUGAGUCACCGUGAAAAACGUGAGCUAGAUGCUCCAGAAGGCUUGGACCCAAGCUCAGGGCAUGAUUUGGAGAAAGAACUCACCAACCAGGAAGUAGCUGAGCCCAAGGAGGUCCCAGUUCAGAGCACAGAGGGAGGUGGGGAGAGCGAUGAAGAGGAGGGUAAAGGAAGAAAAUCAAGGGAUGAGAAGCCAAUCAAGCUGGAAGUCCAAGCCAUUCCUUGUUCUCCAGAAGCCAGAAGCAGUCCUCAGGAGGUGACAGGUCCAAGUACGGUAGAUGCUGAAAGUGAACCCCUAGAUGCGAAAGAGCCCGAUGAAGAAAAGAAUGACCAACAGGGAGAGGCACUGGAUUCGUCGCACAAGAAAACGAAGAACAAGAAGAAGAAAAACAAGAAGAAAAGAUCACCAGCACCUGUAGAAACCAAAGACGUUCAGAAAGAGUUAACAUUUCAAAGCCCAGAUUUAAGUGAAGUGAAAGAAGAGCAGGUAAAAUUUACUGACAAAAAACCGGUUGUAGAAGCACAAAAUGAGGUCACUGAGAACCCAAAAGAGAACCCUGCGGUAGGCAGCAGUAAAAAUGCCGAUGGUCCAGAAAAUCCUAGAAUUGAGUUGGACGGAGGACUUAACCGAGACGAUUUUGGUGUAAACACUAAGACAAGGAAAGCAGUAGCUGAUGGAGGCACGUUGGAUUUUGAAGAUACUACAGUUCAGUCAUCAGGCGCCAGUGCCAGUAAUAAAGAAUUAGAGGAAGGUGCUAUGAAAGAUGGCGCUGAAGAAGAUGGCACCGCUCCCAGCCGUCCUCCAGGUCCAGACGACGAGGAAGUGCCGGGCAGCGCCCCGCUCCAAGAUGAAGAUCCCGCAAAGAACCUUAACGAUGGCUGUCAAGCAGAAGGCACAGAAGAGCAUGUGACAUCAGAAAAUCUAGGUCAGACAGUCAGGAAGGCUUCAGAUAGCAUUAGUCUAGAAAACGAGGACGUGGGACCAGCAGGCGAGGUGGGGGACUGUAAUUCAGAAGGCAAGGAAGAGACGACCGGUGAACACGGGAAGGGCAGAAACAAAGAGGACUGUACCUUGUCGUAGGUUGAGGCGGGGUCUUAGGGAGGGGCCAGGACUGCACAGCAAGUCCAGCUGUGAGAGACUCCACCGGUGAGACUCAGGAAAUGUUCUAGAUUGGUAUAGAUGCACCGAAUGACAGUCCACCACCAAGUUAUCUAAUCCUUGAAGCUAUAGACUGUUACCUGUAGAUUUCUAUUUCAUCACUGAGGUUAUCACCCAGAUGAGAGGGACACUUCUGUUAUUGGAGUUAGUUCUAAAUGGAGAGCAUUCCAAGAGCAUCAAACAAUAAUGUACACUGUGUGAUUUCUGCUUAAAAUCAGCAUCAAAAUAUUUAGCUUUUGCCUUAAGCUGAUAUGAAUGCGCAUAUUCUUGACCAAAUGUAUCAACAUCUAAUUGAGGUGACUAAAUAGUAUCCUGAGAUUUCCACAUUAUAUCUCAUUUAAAUAUAUGUGCUUUCUUACUUGAUCUUGAUAUGUAUAAUAUAACCUGUAUGGUAUUUUAUUUUAAAAGUACAAAAACGGCCAAACAGCACAUAGGUCACUGAGUGAUGAGAUUUGCAUGUUAGGACAAUAAUUAAUCAUGUUAGGGAUAGCAAAUAAACACCUUACAGCACUAGGGAUAGCUUACUUGCCUUUACCUCAUAGAAGGAUUUUAUCUCCGACCAAUACUUUUGGAUCUCAUUCUUGAGGAUACCUGAAUUUAUUUUGUAGGAGAUUUUGACUUCAUGACAAUUAUGUACCAAAGUCAUUUUAUACAAAGACUUCUUUUUUUUUUUUUUUAAUUUUUUUCUGGAAGAGAUACAUGUUGUAAUUGCAUUUCCUACUGCAGUAUUUGGGCAGGGAGAAUCAUUUCUAAAAUUUAUUUUUUUAACCUUAAAAUUACUUCUCUUUGUAUUUGUCUAAUCGUUAUUCAGUAGAGCAAGACAAAAGGAUGCUAUUCUUGUGCAAACUUCUUGUGUGAUUAGGCUCUAACAGGAUAUUUUAGAUAGUCGAAUCCCUUGGUAUUCUGGUAUAAAUAUUUUCAUUUGUUGUUUUUCAAUGUGUUCUUACCGGAAGUUUCUUGUUUUGAUCUUCCUGAGCAAGAUAUAUACUUUCUGUAUAAAGAAACAUUUUAAAAAUAAUUGUAAAGUUAAAUAAAAAACCAUUAUAAAAUAUUAAAAUUACAGGGGAAUGUAAGUUUGAAUGCUGUUGACACUUUAUGAGAUCAUAUGACUUCAUAUUAUUGUUACAAGAUAUAAUUGAGUGCAAAAAUGACCAAUACCUCAACAAGAUUU